CCCGCCCUCUCGCCGCUGCUGCUACCAGAGGAUCCCAGAUGUCGUUGGUGCGCGUGGUGGUGAUAGCGCUGGUGGUGCUGGCGGCGACGGCCCCGCUGAGCGAGCCGCUGCCCGCGGGCGCCGAUGCAGGCCAGCAGCGACCCGAGCGCCCGCCCAUGUUCACCUCGCCCGAGGAGCUGCGCAACUACCUCACCCAGCUGAGCGACUUCUACGCGUCUCUCGGCAGGCCCAGGUUCGGCAAGCGCGGGUCGGCGGCGGCGGCGGCCUUCCGAGCGGCCAGCCGGCUGCCGCUUCCUCCGCCGGACGCCUACGAGCAGCUGUUCCAGUACGACGAGUGAGCAGCCCGCACACCACCAGUAGACGCAGUCUCCGCCACACUUCUCACGUUUUACCUGCCAGUUCGUCCCAUAAUUGUCAACCGUAAUCUUUUGUUUGUGUACGCAUUUAUUCGUAAUUGAUCUGUGCGAAUCACAUUGUUCUUACAUAUCUCAAGAAAAUGCACAUUAAACGUACAUUUUAAGUUCA